CAACCGACUCGUCAAAUUUACUUUGUCGUUGGAUUUUCGCGCGUUUGCUGGUCGGAGUAAUUAGUUCGCUUAAAUUUCAGUUUUUAGUUGAAAUAAUAAGUUUAAAUAAACAUUACAGUUGAAAUUGAAUUAAUAUCGAGUCUAGCUAGUGUUGGUCGCAGUUCACACAGUGCGUUUAGUGAAUUUUCUGCACGUUGUUAAAGAGUUUUAGCAUUUCAAAGUGGUUAAAGUAUAUGCGUCAGAAAAAACAAGUAUAGCAAACAAAGUGCUGCAGGAUUUGUUGCAUAAAAUAUCAAUUCUUUCUACAUUUUGAGUGCGCGAUUUGCGAAAAUUUUAUUUUGGAAGCAGUUUUUGCGGCUAAUUAGAAUUUUUCCCAUUGGAUUAACUACAGUUUUGUCCUCUUUCACCCGCAAAGCGAACAGCACGGCACCUGAAAAUUUUAAUUAUUGCAUCAAUUCAAAAAAAUUCCAGUCAAAUUUUUAAACUCAAAGGAGAAAGUUAAUUUCAAAUAAUAAUAGGCGUAUAUUUUUAAAUUCAAAUCGAUUUUCGAAAGCUCUUCAAUCAAAGAAAAUAAAAGCAUAAUAAAAAUGGUGCAUCCAGCUGAAAAUACUGCAAAUGCCACAGCCGCUGCUGCUGAACUAACAGCUGCUGAAAAAGAAGCCACUGAAAUUCGUUGCCAGGAGAAAUCGCGUGGUGGCCUCAGCUAUGAAGUAAUUUUAGCCGAACCAGCACCUAAUGUCGUGGUGCCCAAACGGCCAGUGACACCUGGCAAAAAUGUCUCAGCCGAGGAAAUCGAACAAAAGCUGAAAGCUGCCGAGGAAAGACGCAUUUCUUUGGAGCAAAAGAAAAUGGCCGAUUUAUCCUAUAAACUAUCGAAAAUUGAAGAAGCCACACGCAAAAAGGAUGAAAUUACCAAUGAGUUUAUUAAUCAGACCAAGGAAAAGUUGGAGACUAAAAUCGAGCAGCAUGUUGAAAAGCGCGAGGCCAUUAUUAGCGACAUGAAAGAGAAAUUGAAGAUUCACUCACAAGAAGUCGAGAAGACACGUGAACAGUUGGAACAACAAAAAUCGAUUGAGAAAGUGGCCAUAGAGGAGAAAUUGAAGACAGCUCAGACUUUGCGAGAUGAGAACAUUAAAAAGAUGUUGGAGCGCCUCAAGGAGCAUAACACAAACAAAAAAAAUCAUAUCGACCAAUUGGAAACACAAAAACUCGAGGAGAAGACCCGCAUUAUUGAAAAUAAAUUGUACACCGCUGAGCAAAAUCGCGAAAAGGAGUUACAAAAGAAAAUUGAAAAAGCUCAAAAACUUGAACGUCGCGCAGAAUUGGUGCGCCAAAACAAGGCGGCAGCCCAGCAGACGAUUUGUGAUGAUACCAACACAGCUAUUGCCUCAUCCGGUUAGAGCGAAUAACAACAAACAAAACAACAACAAUAAUAUUUAUAAAAAAAAAACAGCACACACACACACAUACAUAACAAACAUAGCAAACAACCAGAUUAAAAACAAAAUAAAAUAGCAGCAACAACAACACUGAACAUAGAAGUGUAAAAAAUGGUUGAGGAGCUUUGCAAAGAUGAAAAAUAUGUGAGCGGUGAAGAAAUGUAAACAGGCAUGACCAUUAAAAAAUUGCGUAGAUUAAGUCUCAACACAUACAUAUGCAAUAUUGCAAAAGCAGCAGGGCAAAGGAAAACGCUAAAGCAAUUUUGAAACGAAGCCAGACGUUGCACAACUUACAUGAAUGAACUUUAAAAUAUGCAAAUAAAAGAAAGGAGG